GCUGAGGUCAUCAUUGAAUUUGAAAUAUUUAAAGUGGAUACGAAACUGUUUCAGCAAUGCAGACAAUUAUGUGUGUUGUUGUGGGCGAUGGUGCCGUUGGUAAAACCUGUCUCCUGAUAUCCUACACAACAAGUAAAUUUCCAUCGGAGUAUGUACCGACUGUUUUUGACAACUAUGCAGUCACAGUUAUGAUUGGUGGAGAGCCAUAUACUCUUGGACUUUUUGAUACUGCAGGGCAAGAGGAUUAUGACAGAUUACGACCGCUGAGUUAUCCACAAACAGAUGUAUUUCUAGUCUGUUUUUCAGUGGUCUCUCCAUCCUCAUUUGAAAAUGUGAAGGAGAAGUGGGUGCCUGAGAUAACUCACCACUGUCCAAAGACUCCUUUCUUGCUUGUUGGGACCCAAAUUGAUCUCCGAGAUGACCCCUCUACGAUUGAGAAACUUGCCAAGAACAAACAGAAGCCUAUCACUCCAGAGACUGCUGAAAAGCUGGCCCGUGACCUGAAGGCGGUCAAGUAUGUGGAGUGUUCUGCACUCACACAGAAAGGCCUAAAGAAUGUAUUUGACGAAGCGAUAUUGGCUGCCCCUGGAGCCUCCAGAACCGAAGAAGACCCACAGGUGUGUGCUGCUAUGAACAUCUCCAGAGCCCUUUCCGCACAGCUGGUGUCAGCGUCGUACUAAAAGCAAUGUUAAAUCAAACUAAAGAUUGAAAAUUAAAAUUCGUUUUUGCAAUAAUGACAAAUGCCCUGCACCUACCCACAUGCACUCGUGUGAGACAAGGCCCAUAGGUAUGGUCCCCGUCCCCCUCUCAGUACUCGUUAAUUUGAGUAAUUGUGUAUUGUCAGAAAAGCGGUUAGUACUAGUUUUUGUUCUGUCGUUUCAAAAAAAAAAAAAAAAAAAAAAGUUUUUGUUUUUGUUUUUUUUU